UCCACCAUAAUACAGGUGUUUCUGUCAUCUUCUCGUACAGGAGACUCCUCUGCUCCAUCAAUCUCUAUCCAUUAGGAUUUCCCGCUCUUCUGCUUCGUGUACCAUGUGAUCAACCAGUCACGUGAUGUUCUACGUCACCAAGGUCCUUCUACAGGAUAAAAAUCUGCCGCUUCUCCGGUCUCCACCAGCAUGGCUGCCCUGUACUCGGCGACAGGCAGUGACGUCAUUACCCUGCGCCCGUGCCGGUUGCUUUUUGAUCCCGGAAGUCCCCGGUAUGGCUGAUUCCCGGUGCCUGCCGUUAGUCCGGACAAGGGGCCCCUUGACCCCCCGGCGCCUCCUCCUCAGCUCUCCCCCGGCCCUGGACUGGGGGCUGCCGCCUUCUCCCCGGGGACCGCUGCCAGACACCCAGCCCUGCGAGCCCAAUGGGAACCACCAGAGCAGUGAGAAGGGAAAGGGGGCCCCUGGUGGGCACAGGGAGGAGAGGGGGCCCCAGGCUUAUCAGCAGGGGGCCCCUGGUGGGCACAGGGAGGAGAGGGGGCCCCAGGCUUAUCAGCAGGGGGCCCCUGGUGGGCACAGGGAGGAGAGGGGGCCCCAGGCUUAUCAGCAGGGGGCCCCUGGUGGGCACAGGGAGGAGAGGGGGCCCCAGGCAUAUCAGCAGGGGGCCCCUGGUGGGCACAGGGAGGAGAGGGGGCCCCAGGCUUAUCAGCAGGGGGCCCCUGGUGGGCACAGAGAGGAGAGGGGGCCCCAGGCUUAUCAGCAGGGGGCCCCUGGUGGGCACAGAGAGGAGAGGGGGCCCCAGGCUUAUCAGCAGGGGGCCCCUGGUGGGCACAGAGAGGAGAGGGGGCCCCAGGCUUAUCAGCAGGGGGCCCCUGGUGGGCACAGAGAGGAGAGGGGGCCCCAGGCUUAUCAGCAGGGGGACAGCAGUCACUCCUCCUCAAUCAGUUUUGGGGGUGCUCCUGAUCUCUGCUCCCCCCUGGUCUCCAGCUUUGCUCGGGCCCCGUUCCCUGUUAGGCUCCAUGUGGCCCCUCUAGAUGCGGAGUCCCUGGUUCGGGCCGGGAGGCUGCAGGAGGUCGGGGGCCCCGUGGACCGGUGCUCGGCAUUGUGGGUGAGCAGGAAGCAGCUGCGGGAGCUCGGCCUCUACCAUCGGGAAUGGGUGUGGGUGUCUUUACCACGGGGCAACAGGGGGCGCCACCUGGCCAUGAUUGUGGCUGCAGAUCUCUGGUUAGGGCAUCCACACAAGUACAACCACCUACUGAGCAGCUGCUGCCAGGAACCAAGAGAAGACUCUGGGAUUGUGGCGCCUGGCACUGCCGUCAUCUCAGCCACCCUCACCUUCAACCUGACCUCCGGGGACGGCUGUGUCACUGAGGUCCUGGUACAGCGCUUCAGCACGGAGCCCACUCAGGAAGGUCGAUCUGCACUCAUGGAGCCUCCGGCCGCCAAAUUGCUUUACGUCAAUGUGGUGAAGUCUCCAGCGUACAGUAGUGAGUCCACAUUCCAACAAGCCUUGUGCCAGCACUUCAAGACCCCCAGGGUGGUCCAGGUAGGUGACGUCCUGUGCGUUUCGUGUCUUUCUAAUUCUGAAGUUCAGAUCAACAAGUCACAGAUCCCCGUGAGUUGUCCAGAUCUCUACUUCAAGGUGCAGAAAAUUGAGGGAGCAGUUGUCAGUGAGGGCUACUUAGCCAGCACCGGUGUCACCACGCUCUAUCAGGUGGGCAGUGUUUGCAGCUUCGUCCCCUCCUUUCCUUCCCGUGAUGGUCACGUGUUCUGGAGCAGUCUCUUCCCGGCCGGCCUGUCACACGCAGUGGAUGAGAUCUGUCGUAUACUCCUCCCCCAUCUACAGAACACGAGCAACGUUCUUGGGGUUGGAGGUCGCAUUCUCCUCACUGGUCCUAAAGGCAGCGGAAAAGUGACGGCAGUGCGGGCGGCGUGCAGCCGACUGAAUGUCCAUCUGUACCAGGUGGAGUGUGCCAGACUGUGCCGGGACGGCAGCGCCAGUAGCAUCUCCCGUCUGCGUUCCGUCUUCUCUGGCGCCCAUGAAUGUCGUCCCUGUGUCCUGCUGCUCUGUCACCUGGAUCUGAUAGGACGGGAGCGAGACGGAGCCGGAGAAGAUGCCAGGGUCAUUGCUGCCAUGUGCAGCCUCCUGCUUGGGCCCCGGAACUCCGACUGGGAUUGGCCCCUGCUGGUGGUGUCCACCACAUCUCGGGCCCCAGCCGUCCCCCUGGAUCUCCAGUCCUGCUUUCUCCAUGAGGUUUCCCUGAGCGCCCCCUCAGAGGAGCAGCGCCUGUCCCUCCUCACCGCACUCACCGCCCCGAUCCCGCUCAGCAGAGAGAUCCAACUGGCUCACCUGGCGCGCAGGACUGCGGGUUUUGUGGUCGGGGAUCUUUGUGCUUUACUGUCAAGAGCCGGACACAUUUCCUGCACCAGAAUCCUCCGUUCCUGUUCUCCUUCGGAGGAGGAUGAGGAGGGCCUCUUGGCUGCUGGUUUCCUGGUCACAGCUGAGGAUUUGGAUUGUGCUCUUGCUGAGUUGCAGGAGGCUCAUUCUGAAGCCAUUGGGGCCCCUAAGAAUGUCUACUGUGGCCGCGUUGUCUGGAAUAAACAUCACCGUCUUCCUGUGCCACAAAUGACCCCACACUUUGGCUGCAGCUACAAUUGGGUAAAGUUCGAACAAAGCUGA